AUGGGCUACAAUAAAAACAUGCCACACAUGUACCAUUGGACAUCUAGGAGAGAUGUGGGUUCUUCUAUUGAUCAUUUGAAAUCUUUUCGAGUGGAGCUUGAUAGUUUGGUAGCGACUUAUGUUAUUUGGGAUCCAUACCAUAGUUGUAGAGAUCGGCAUCCAUGUAACCCGGUUACGUUCUACCAUGGAUGCUUGAAGUGCUUAGACGUGGUCGAACCCUAUUAUCCAGAUAGAGUCCUGAGGCAAUUUGGUAAGGUUCAAACCAUCCCAAAUGCACCACUGGCUCCCACUCAUGGUGCUCAAGGCAACAUAUCUGCACGAUAUACAGUCAUGUAUAGAUACUUGGAUAGGAUCUGA